UUGUGAGUCUGGGGCAAGAGGAUCGCCCUCUCCCCCGCCCCCAUACAUCCUAUAUGCUUAGGACUCCGGGCAGUUGUUUGACAGUGGCGAAGGACAGAACCUGACACGCGCCUGGUACACAUUCAAUAAGGAUUGAACUGACCACGCCUCUAUCCCUCCCCUGACUCCGCCCCGGUUGAUUUUUCUCUAUUCUUCUGCUCUGGAGUUUUUACACCCCAGGCGGCCACCGUAGGUGAAGGUGGCAAGAUGGCAACCUCUGUGUUAGGGAGAGUCGUGAGAGCCUCCUCAGGAAUCUUACGGCCCAUAAAUAUUUUGGCAUCUUCAGCCUAUCACAACCAUGCCAGGAAUGCCUGUCUCAAUUCUGCACUGUCCAAUGGACAUUUUAGUCUUACUGACACACCAGUUGUUUCUUCUGCUCCCAGACUUGUCACAUCUGUCAGAAAUCUGACAUAUGGAUAUUCUGGAAUGAUCCUUAAUAGAGUGGCUCCCUUGCUUCCCAAUGUCCUAAUGGUGCCAGUCAGAACUCUAACUUACUGCAGCACACGAAAAGGCAAGAGAAAGACUGUAAAAGCUGUUAUCUAUCGGUUUCUUCGACUUCAUUCUGGCCUUUGGCUGAGAAGAAGGUCUGGUUAUAAGAAAAAAUUAUGGAAAAAGACGGCUGCAAGAAAAAGACGCCUGAGGGAAAUGGUGUUCUGCAAUAAAACCCAGAGUAAACUCUUAGAUAAAAUGACGACAUCCUUCUGGAAGAGGCGAAACUGGUAUGUUGAUGAUCCUUAUCAGAAAUACCACAAUCGAACAAACCUGAAAGUAUAGAUCAGAAGUUUUUAAUUGUUACUGAAUCUAUAUCUUUGUGUACAUGAUGUCUUUGUAAAAAUGACUAAAUGUAAAAACUUAAUGUAAAUUUUACCAUCUGAUAUGUAAACAUAGAGUACGAAUGUUCAAUUUAUAAGAGUUUUAAGUGAAUGAAUUAAACAUUCCCAGAUUUGGUUAAGGAACUAGAUAUUUAAAAUUGUGUAUUAUUUUUAACAAAUGGUAAUGGCUUUACUGGUUGUUUCCAUUAGGUUAUGUAGAAAUCUCAACUAAGGAGAAACAUGAAAAGACUCAAGUUAGCUCAAACAGUGCGACAGCGUAGAAUUACAGUGUAUGCCUGGGAACUCAGGAACCAGCUCCCAGCUUGUCCCCCACCCAGAAUUCACCCCAGGCCUCAGGAAGAGCAGAAUGGAAUGGUGCUCCUCAGCAAGAGAUUAUAGAUCUUUAGGCUCAGAUUCUGCCAUGCGUGACUCCAUUCUCAUACAUUAUCGACUCUCCUACUCACCAGCUUCUGCUUCACAGCUUUUGUUUACAUAUGGUUUCUGUUCCAUCAUAACAAGUUUGGCUUACACCUUUGAGGUUCUUUCUUUUCACAGCUCUGACUCUUGCAGCAGCAAGUCUCUAACUGGGCCAGCUUCCAUGUUUACCCUAGGUGCACCAUCCAGUGUAGGCAUCAGCUAUUCUUAGGUCAGAAGACCACUCUGGCCCACUUUGUUGUGUUAACAGAUGUGUGUGCAGCACAAACUAGUUCAUAUUUUAGCAUCCAGUAUACUAGAUUCACUGUGUUCAUAACAAUUUUCAUUUAGUUGAUUGGAGCAAGAUGUUUCUAUAGAAGAGUAAAUGAAAUAGCUUUUCAGUAUGCCCUUUAUUGACACAGAAAAGGCUAAAUGAAGAUACUCGAGUUUUGAAAGUUACGUCUUUCUUAAAUGUUAGUGUAUCCAUUUGAGAUUUCUUAUUUUCAUUUGUAAGCAUAGAUUUUUUCCAAAAAUGAGCUGUAGAAACUAAAGGGGAAAAUAACUUCAAUCAUUUUAGAAAUGAUGUUUGUUUGAAGAGAGGCAGUAAUGCUUAUAGUUCUCAGCUGUCCCAUCAGAAUCAUCUGGGAAAGCAGAAGCACUUUGCCUACUUGAAAACCAUUGCUAAACAGAACUAUGAUAGGAUUACUGUUUUAAGUUGUUUAGCAUAAUAGUUGGUAGCGGUAAGAUGCAGUUCCUCUAUUGUUAGUAGAAUAAGAUACCAAAGUGAGGGCCAGGGAUUUAGCUCAGUGGUUCCACCACCUGCCUCGCAAGCGCAAGGUCCCCAGUUUGAUCCCAGGUACCAAAAAAUUAAAAAUUAAAAAAAGAUACCAAAUUGAAAUUCUUUGGCUUACCAAAGCAGAAAUAUUAGGGAAUGCCUUGAAAGCAGUGUGUGUUCAUUAAAUAGAGAAGGGGUAAUAAUAGAAUGUUCUAAAACCAGAGGGCCAAGUACAUGUCUGUUAGUGGGACCAACUAAUACAGAAUGGGCAUUUGAUUUGAGAUAAGGUAGGAGCCUGACACAUGGAAUUGCACUCUGUUUUGGUGGGUUUUCCUUUUUUUCACACUUGUGGGAUGGUAGAAACCACCAUUUCUAAUGCUCUUGCAUUUCUCUCCCCAUGCUGUUUCUCCCCUCCAGCACAUCUCUGGUGGUGGGAUGUACUCAUAUCUGCAGAAGCUGAGAAGGUGGAUGCUUACCCACAAGGUCUCUGUUACAAGGGCCUCAGAGCACCUUGGUUUCUCUUGUAGGCCAGGGAGAGAUGGGGUAGAAAUGAGGGCUGGCAACCGGGGCUUUGGCGUCCAGAGAUGGGCCGAUGGGAACAUUUUUGAGGGGAAAGGAACUUUCAUGCAUACACUUUAUAUUUUGUAGGUAGGAGCGCUUGACCAUAAAAUACCUUUCAUUAAGUUAGAGUACCUAAAUGACAUUUGAAUAUACAUAUAAUUUGAAAAGUAGAUGGAUAGUUUAAGUAUAUCAUUUACUGAAUACUUACUAUGUCCCAGCAUUUCUGCUAAACCUUAUAUUAACCUUGCAAAGGAGAUAUUUAUCCCUAAUUUAAAUACCCAAAAGUACAGCUACUAAAUCCCAGAAUCCCAAUCUAACUCCUUGGAAACUGUGUAUUUCCUUCAGUCUUCUAACAACAUAUGAAAAUAAUAUAUCUAAAUCAACAAGUAGCUGUGAUCUAGCACUAUAUAUUUUUCGUUUUUAAUAGUACAUGCUUGUAACACACAGUGAUCACACUCAUUGUGGGGAGUUGGCACAUGCACAUAACACAUCUUUGUUCUUUUUUGUUCCCCUUUUCUAGCACUAUAUAGAUGCUAAAUACUUCCUAACACUGUACUACUUCAGCUUUUACAUUAUAUAACUUAGCUUUCAUAGUAUUUGUUGACCCAUUUUUGUUAAUCUCAGCUCUGUUGACAUUGCACCUGGCUCAAUAAAUUAAAAAAAUGG